AUGCGAUGGUGUAUUGUUCAUGACAACUUGGAAGGUAUACGACUACUGCUCGGACACGGUGCGAGGUUCAGGCCCCGCAUGGCUCUUUUGCCCUUUCGAUGGGAUUUUGAUGAGGAUUUCGGAGGUGUUCUACAUUUGACGAGAAGUUUGACAAUCGGGAAAUUCCUACUUGACCAAGGAGCUGAAGUCAAUGAAGUGUCGGACUCCGGACGAACGCCUUUGCACGUCGCUGUCGAGAACGGUGACCUAGCGAUGGCAGCUCUAUUGCUUGAAAGUGGGGCAGACGUUAACGCUGAUGGCCGCAGAGAUCUGGGUCCGUCAUUUUUCCACUUCACUCCGCUAAAAUGUGCCCUUAAGCUUGGUUGUGAUGAUACCAAGCUUUCCAUGGUCAAGCUGCUAAUUGAAUAUGGAGCUAAUCUGACGUUACCUCGUGGGAAAUCACACCCCUUGACUUUGCUGUCACUGCUACCUGGGCCUUUCCCGUAUGACUUUACACAUGUCAAUAACGGAACAUUUGGUACACCUCGUCGUUUUGUUUAUUUGUGA